AUGAGCUCCUUCUUUUCCAAGAUCAAGUCCAACACGCAGACAUCCGCGGCGCAAAAUGCCUCUCCAACCAAGAAGGACCCAAGCGCACCACAACCAACGCCUCUCGAGCGUAUGUUGCAAAAUGCCGGGCCGAUUAGAGGCGACGGGAGCGACAAGUUCUGGGGCAUGGAAAAUUUUGGAAAUACAUGCUAUUGCAACUCCAUACUACAAUGUCUAUACUACUCAGCGCCUUUUCGGGAAGAGAUUCUGAACUACCCCCAGCGAUCAACGCACGAAGAUGUAUCUGCCGCCAUGAAGACGGCAGAGCCGCGCAAGGGCCCAGACAUGCAGGCAAACGGCCAAAAGAAGCCCAACCCUCAACCAACUGCGCGGAACUCUAGCGGCCAGCAGCAACAGCAGAAGCCAGAAGAUAAGGAUUCUCCAGAAUACAAAAAGAAGCAAGCCUUGGUAGCUGGACCCAUUCUGAACAUGAACUACAAGAAUGCUGCUGGCUACCAGAUGCCCGAAACCCUCUUCACGUCCCUCAAGGACGUCUUCGAGGCCGUUGUGCUCAACAAUAGCAGGAGCGGCAUUAUAAGCCCCGGCAGAUUAAUCAAUGUCCUGAGAAGAGACAACGAAAUGUUCCGAUCGGCCAUGCACCAGGACGCGCACGAGUUCCUCAAUCUUUUGCUCAAUACUGUAUUGGAGGAUGUCGAGGCUCACGAUAAAGUACUGAAGGAGAAAAAGGCACUCGAGGAGCGCGAGAAGCCCCGAGAGAAUGGCGUCGCAAAGCCAGACGAAUCGCAAGAGGACACCGGCGCAGUUUCGUUUCCGCCUUUCUUGCCUGCUCCCUCCCAGGAUUCGCCAGCAAAGGUCAUCUCCGAACUGUUUCAAGGCAAGUUGACCUCAGAGACAAGGUGUUUGACUUGCGAGAACACUUCUCAACGAGACGAGCCUUUCCUCGAUCUAUCUGUGGACUUGGAGCAACAUUCUUCCGUUACGGCAUGCUUAAACCGCUUUUCUGAAGAGGAAAUGCUGUGCGAGCGCAACAAGUUCCACUGUGACAAUUGUGGCGGACUACAAGAAGCAGAGAAGCGCAUGAAAAUCAAGCGUCUACCAAAAAUUCUGGCCCUUCAUCUUAAGCGCUUCAAAUACACCGAAGACCUGCAAAGGUUGCAGAAGCUUUUCCACAAAGUUGUGUAUCCAUAUCAUCUACGACUGUUCAACACCACAGACGACGCCGAAGAUCCCGAUCGGCUCUACGAAUUGUACGCCAUCGUUGUACACAUUGGCGGUGGCCCCUACCAUGGCCACUACGUUGCCAUAAUCAAGACCCAGGAUCGUGGCUGGCUUCUUUUCGACGAUGAAAUGGUGGAACCGGUCGAUCGCAACUAUGUCAAGAAUUUCUUUGGCGACAAAGCCGGCCUCGCAUGUGCCUAUGUUCUGUUCUACCAGGAGACGACUUUGGAAGCUGUCCACAGGGAGCAACGGAUGUAUGGGAAGCGCCGUGCUUCCCAGGAUAAUGGCACUAGCAUCCCUUCCAAUCUUCGCGAAUCGGCCGAAUUGCACCGCGUAGCCAGCGAUCCAGUCUCACCUGGCGACGCUUUCGCAAAUCUGGAUCAUGCUGCCACCGCGCCAGCCAUGAUGAAAGCUAAUGGUCACAUUGACCCACCGAAGUCCCCGCCCGCCGUUGUACCUCGUCCUGUCAGCCCUGUUGUACAAAGCAAGAAGGAGAAAGCUAGGGAAGACAAAGCCGCCGAAAAAGCACGUAGGGCUGCUGAGAAGGCAGCAGAGAAGGAGCGGCAGGAGGCCGAGCGUGAGAAGCGCAAAAAUCUUGCACAGAAAUUGCAAGAGACCCACAAGAAACAAGAGGCCGAUCUGAAGGCGGCCAUGGAGGCGAGCAAGCAGAGUAAGCUGGACGAGGACAAGCGAAGAGGACAUGAUGAGAACGUCGCACCUGCAGCCAAUGGCAGUAGUCCAUCUGGUUUAGACAGGUUUCGGCGCAGUAAGAGUCUGCGCUUCGGUAGCAUGGGAAAGAAAGACAAAUCAACAACAGGGCUGCCCAAUAGUCCAUCCACAGGUAGCGGAUUAGCAAGGGCGGGGACAGAUGUCGGCCAACCGGAUGGCCCAAAUGCCGCGAACGGCACUAGCGGUGCCAUCAACAGCUCAACGGCGUUGGUAGAGAAUCGACCAAGCCAGGAUAAACCGCCAACCAGUGAAAAGGAGAAAGAGAAAAAACACAGCCGCUUCAGCAUCAGAAAGAAGAGCUUUGGUAUGCUGUCAUGA